AUGGCAUUUUCGUCGAUCCAGCGUCGUCGCCGUGACCUGAGCACGGCUCCUCUCCUCAUCUCGCUCGUCCUGCUCUCAUCUCUCCACGCGGCGAUGGCCUUCCGCUUCUCCGCGGGGCUCCGCGCAGAUAAACUGCGCGGGAUGAUGCGCGGAUGGGCGCAAGGAGGUUCGACCGGCCAGCAGCAACAACAAAGUGGUGGAACGAGCGGAGGAGGAAUGAGCGGAGGCGGAACGGGCGGCGGAAGAAUGGGCGGCGGCGGCAUGGGCGGCGGCGGCAUGGGCGGCGGCGGAAUGGGCGGCGGCGGAAUGGGCGGCGUCGGAAUUGGCGGAGGCGGAAUGGGCGGCGGAGGAAUGGGCGGCGGCGGUAUGGGCGGUGGCGGAAUGAGCGGAGGCGGCAUGGGUGGCGGUGGAAUGGGAGCCAUGGGUCCUGGGGGGAACAUGGGUGGCGGCGGAAUGGGCGGCCGCGGCGGCAUGGGUGGCGGCGGAACGGGCGGCGGCAGAAUGGGCGGCAACGGCAUGGGCGGCGGCGGAAUGGGCGGAGGCGGAAUGGGCGGCGGCACCAUGGGUGGCGGCGGAAUGGGCGGCGGAGGAAUGGGCGGCGGCGGUACGGGCGGAGGCGGCAUGGGCGGCGGUGGAAUGGGCGGUAGCGGCAUGGGAGGAGGCAUGGGCGGACCUGGUUCCUCUGCUCCCGGAUCGCAAUCAGCCAUGGGUCCUGGGGGAAACAUGGGCGGCGGAGGAAUGGGCGGCGGCGGAAUGGGAGGUAGUGGAAUGGGCAGCGGAGGCAUGGGCGGGUCAGCGUGGUUUGCUCCAGGGUCGCAGGCAGCACCCGGCCAGGGUGGACCUGGGAUGGGCGGAGGGAUGGGCGGAGGGAUGGGCGGAGGGAUGGGCGGAGGGAUGGGGGGAGGGAUGGGCGGAGGGAUGGGGGGAGGGAUGGGCGGAGGGAUGGGCGGAGGGAUGGGGGGAGGGAUGGGCGGAGGGAUGGGGGGAGGGGGGAUGGGCGGAGGGAUGGGCGGAGGGAUGGGCGGAGGGAUGGGCGAAGGGAUGGGCGGAGGGAUGGGAGGAGGAAUGGGCUGA